CAAAACUCUUUCAUACGGAAGUCAGAAGCUCCAGCCAGUCAGCUGAUACCUGCGUGAUAGGAAUCAAAGUUCAGUUUGCUUUGGCUGUUCAUUUGUUAUGCAGAGACCACCAUGGCCGCAUCUAGAUUAAUGAGGGCUGUCAGAGUGUCCGAGUUUGGAGGCCCUUCAGUUUUAAAACUCUGCUCAGACCUGCCUGUACCAAGUCCUGGUCAGAAACAGGUUCUCAUACGAGUCCAUGCAUGUGGUGUAAACCCAGUGGAAACAUACAUCCGCUCUGGAUCUUAUGCUCGGAAACCCAGUUUGCCCUAUACUCCAGGAUCAGAUGUCUCCGGUGUGGUUGAAGCUGUUGGCGAAGGUGUUUGCCUCCUACAGGCAGGUGACAGAGUCUUUACCACAGGCACAGUGACAGGAGGAUAUGCUGAGUAUACGGUGGCCUCAGAGGACACUGUUCACAAGCUGCCCGAUUCCCUAAACUACUGUCAGGGUGCAGCAAUGGGAGUUCCGUAUUUCACUGCAUACCGGGCUCUCGUUCACAAGGCCCAUGCAAAACCAGGAGAAACCGUUCUUAUCCAUGGAGCCAGUGGUGGGGUAGGCAUUGCAGCGUGUCAGAUCGCACGAGCGUUUGGUCUUAAAGUCCUGGGUACAGCAGGUACUCCUGAAGGGAUGAAGCUGGUGCUCAAUAAUGGAGCUCAUCUUGCUUUCAACCACAGAGAAAAAGACUACUUGGAGAAAAUUAAGGAUACGACUAAUGGACUUGGGGUGAAUGUGAUCAUAGAGAUGUUGUCCAACGUCAACCUGAGUAAUGAUCUUCAGUUGCUUGAUUUCGGUGGCAGAGUUAUAAUUGUUGGCUCUAGAGGCCCGAUUGAGAUUAACCCCAGAGACACCAUGAUGAAAGAGUCCAGUGUCAUUGGUGUGGCUUUGCACUUUGCAACUAAGAGCGAAACUUCAGAGUGUGCCGCAGCUCUUUAUGCAGGAAUGGAGGCAGGCUGGUUGAAACCUGUAAUUGGUCCAGAAUACACACUUGAUAAAGUGGCCCAAGCUCAUGAAGAUAUCAUCAACAGCCCCGGAGCCAGUGGAAAGAUGAUUUUGACCAUGUGAAAAUAUACAGGAGGCUCAGUUUCAGUGUAUAAAAACAAAUUAAUUAUCUUUGCAUUAACUGCCAUAUUUCUACGUCAGUGUUACAAUUACACCAAUAUAUUGCUAUAGCGAUAAUAGUACAGGUAUUGGCAAUUUUCAUGUCACAGAUAAGUUAAAUAAAAUAAAUUAAGUUUAUGUGCCAAGCAUUAGUGUGCUGCAUGAAAGGGUUGCUUUUCCAAAUAUGACCAAUCAGAUGGGGCCUUAUCUAUCUUCAUGCACAUUAGCCUAAUCUUAGAGCUGAAAAAUUAUGCUUAUGAUGGGAGACAAGAGAGAAUAACGGCAAAUAGGUAUCAGAAUUUCUGGGGUUUUCAGUAAUUCAUAGUUUUUUUUAUAGAUUUAAUUAGCUUAGAAUAAUAUAUCACCUGUUUAUUUUAGUACAUAAAUGAUUUUUAGUUAGUUAUAUCUUAAAAAAAGGUAUUGGCAAUUUUCAUGUCACAGAUAAGUAAAAUAAAUUAAAUUAAGUGUAUGUGCCAAGCAUUUGUGUGCUGCAUGAAAGGGUUGCUUUUUCAAAUAUGACCAAUCAGAUGGGGCCUUAUCUAUCUUCAUGCACAUUAGCCUAAUCUUAGAGCUGAAAAAUUAUGCUUAUGAUGGGAGACAAGAGAGAAUAACGGCAAAUAGGUAUCAGAAUUUCUGGGGUUUUCAGUAAUUCAGUUUUUUUUAUAGAUUUAAUUAGCUUAGAAUAAUCUAUCACCUGUUUAUUUUAGUACAUAAAUGAUUUUUAGUUAGUUAUAUCAUAAAAAAAUAUUGUUAUCACAACACCUAAUAUUUUCCCAGCAUUGUGCAGCCCUACAAUCAGUUUUAAUCAGUUAAGAACCACAUACAAUAUAUGAAUCGAAUCAUUUAGACCAACACAAAUUAUAACCUGAGUUCAGCAAAUGUGUUGUGUAUAUAAUAUGUAACCUAAUAUAGUAAAUAUUAAGUAAACGCUAUUACAUGGUUUUGUGUUAAUUCAUUUCACACUAAUUUGAACCAUUAGUAGAUAAUAAACCAAUGGAAUAAUCGUU